AUGUACAUUUUGUUUUUGUGUAUACUGGCGAACGCUUUCACUCUGGGAGAUGAUCAACCAACAGACCAACAAGCUCUCGUCCAAGUAAGUCCUACCACGACUCCAUUGCUUCCAAUUACUCCACAAAUGGGUGUGACGCUUGCAAAAUCACAAGUUGCACAAAAGAAUCCAAACUAUGGAAAGGUUAAAAAAGACAAAAAGCCUAAAAAAGUAGCUGUAAAAAUGUCCAAAGAAGAAAGAAAACUACUUUAUAAACAAAAAGAAGAAGAGAAAAAAGCGAAAAAAGCUCAAGCAGAUCCUUAUGUACUUGAAGACGCUCAUAUGUGUGGUUCACAAUAUGAUCCUUCUCAACCAAAAAUGGAUUAUAUCAUGUUUGUUCAAUUUUGGCCAGGAGUUUCUUGUACAGCUACGAAUAAAUGCACCAUCCCUAAGGGUUCUAGCUACAUAGCUGAAGGAUUCCAUGUUCAUGGAUUUUGGCCACAAUUAUACACAGGAAAUGUUUUAAAAUGUUGUGAAAAAAAAUUUGAUAUUAAAGUAGUUGAACAAUCAAUGUUGGCUGAUAAAGAACUUAGAAAUGAUAUGUCAAUGUAUUGGUUUUCAAACGGAAAGUGCAGGUUCCCAAUGUACGAAUUUGAUAAACACGGAACUUGUGCUUACUCCGUUUACACUGGAGAAAAUGGUCCAUUGGACUACUUAAAAACAGUGAUGGACCUGAGAAAACGUGUUGAUGUGUGGAAAAUAUUGCAAGACACAUAUAGUUAUGUUCCUAAUCAACAAUAUUUACUAAAUGAAACGAGAGAUAAAAUUGCAAAAAUGUAUGGAGCCCCCCCAGCUUUCACUUGUGACGAAAAUGGUGCAAUGGGAGAACUUAGAAUAUGUUAUGAUAUCAAUGAAACAAAUAAGUUUAACCCUACACCAAGAGCUUGCCCUCAAAACAUAUUAGACGCUGAAAAAGAACACUGUAAAGAAAAAAUUUUCUUCGCUCCAUUCCCAGAAGACUUUAAAAACGCAAAUUCAAAGAAGAAAAAUAACUGCGAGUACUAA